AUGAUGUGGCUUGUUCAACUAGUCAAGGGCAUCCUCUCGACCGCCGCCGGCAUCCUGGCUCCGUAUGUCUCCUCCGUCUAUGCCAUCUCCUCUCCGAUGCCCACUGCCAGCAUCUUGGGCAGUGUGGUCGGCGGCAUCAUUAAUCUCACUGCAGCCAAAGUCCUCUUACCAUUGAAUUUAUGGCCACUAGCAGCCAUUGUUUUACCUAAGAAAACCUUCAUGUCAGCAAUCAACUUUUCUGUUGCGCGUGUCAUUCUAUUCCUCUGCUUCGUUCCAGAAGGCAAGGAUCCCGAACAUGUCGGGACUCGUGAAGUGUUUAGCCACUUUAUCUCGGCUCAGGAAGAACCGACUCAGGCCGGUGUCAAAGAGGUCGAGGCUAUCACCACCGUUUGGACCAACUUCGCUCAUUCCCUAUGUCACAUCCGCCUUUAUGUCUCCCUCCCUCCUACCAUCACCAUCCUCAGCAGCAUUAUUAAAGGAGUCUGCAACUUGACCAUGGAGAAGAUACUCGGCAUCUCUGGACAACCUCACGCUUAUGCAUUCGCCCUUCUGAUAACGACUGUGGGCCUUAUCAUGAUGGCGGCAACCGAUCGUGUGGAAAUGUACGCGGCUGCUCAAGUGUUCUGGAUUGUUGGGAACAAUUCCCUUCUCUAUAUUGUGGGCAUCUUCAUCGCCGAUACGACAGCCCAAUCGAUACCCGUCAUCGUGUGCGGAAAGACGAGUCAGAUCGGCGAUCUCGUGCGGGAGGCAUUGCAUCCUGAAUACGAAGGUAUUUUCCCAUCUUCUAUCUUUCGUUGUAACGCAUCUCUUCCUUUCGCCGUCGACGCGAAGACUGAGAUUCCUGCGUUACUGCGUCAGACGAGUUCGACUACAUCUACAGAACAUGGGAAAUCCCCCGCGGCGAUCAUUAUGGGCGGCGGAUAUACCAACACCGAUUUAGACGAGAUCCGCGCGGCCAGUCGGGGACCGGAUGCCAAAGCGGUCGCCUGGCUGAAGGUCGAUCCGCAGAAAACGCCGUCGUCGCUUCCGGUGGGUCCGGAGUAUGCCCGGGCCGUGGCGCAGCGGACGAAAGAUCGGUUGGACGAGUUGGUCCGGAAUGGGGACAUUCAUAAGGAUGAGGUGCAUUUUAUCUAG